AUGGACCCCCAAUCCCUCGCCCAGUCCCUAACCCCCUCUAAAGUGCAUGCCGCCCACACCCUCAUAAAACCAUACAUCCACCGCACGCCACUGCUAACUAACAAAACCCUCAACGGAAUAGCCUCCACGCCGCAAACCCCAGAUGCCUUGAAGGGAACGCCCUACGAGGGACAGACACCGGCGAACCCGACCAUCCGAUUCUUCUUCAAAUGCGAGAAUCUGCAGCGCAUUGGCGCUUUCAAGGCCCGGGGCGCGUUUCAUGCUUUGCUGAGGUUGAUUGAGGAGAGGGGUGAAGAGGAGGUGCGGAGGAGGGGGGUUGUUACGCAUAGUUCUGGAAACCACGCGCAAGCCCUAGCCCUAGCAUCCUUCACGCUCAACAUCCCCUCCUACAUCGUCAUGCCCCGGAUCAGCACCACCUCCAAGAUCGCAGGGACAAGAGCCUACGCCAAGGAAAUCGUCUUCAGCGGGUCGACAAGCACUGAGCGUGAAGCCGUCGUCGCCGAGGUCCAGAGCCAAACGGGCGCCAUCCUAAUCCCGCCCUAUGACGACUUCAACAUUAUCUGCGGCCAGGGCACGACAGGUCUCGAAAUCGAAGAGCAGUACCUGGAACUGCUGGCGCAGAAUCCGCAGGUGAGUGCUCAUGGUUCGUCUGGGCCGAGUUUGGAUGCGGUGAUUACGCCUAUUGGUGGUGGGGGGUUGAAUUCCGGUGUGGCGACUUUCUUCUCGGAUAAGAAGACGAAGGUUUUUGGGGCCGAGCCGAGUUUUGAGGGGGCGGAUGAUUGUCGACGAGGGUUGGAAGCAGGGGAGCGAGUGGCCGCUGUCAAGUCGUUGACUAUUGGGGAUGGGUUACGGACGCGUUGGGCUGUUGAAUUGGGCGGUUAUCUCGGAUAA